GGCCCCGCCCCCGCCAUGGCGGCCGCCGGCUACCGGGCUGGGGUCCCUGGGAUGCUGGUCUGAGUGGGCCCGGCUGCUGGGCCGCCGGCUCCGGCGCAUGGGCCUCCUCCGAGGCGGGGCCGCGUGCGCUCGGGCCAUGGCGCGCCUGGGCGCCGUGCGCUCACACUACUGCGCGCUGCUGCUGGCCGCGGCGCUGGCGGUGUGCGCCUUCUACUACCUAGGCUCGGGCCGGGAGACCUUCUCCAGCGCCACCAAGAGGCUGAAGGAGGCCCGCGCCGGGGCCGCCGCGCCCACGCCGCCCGCGCUCGAGCUGGCCCGGGGCUCGGCGGCGCCGGCGUCGGGCCCCAAGGCCAAGGGCCUGGAGGGCGGCGUGGCGGCGCCGGUGGACUACCACCUGCUGAUGAUGUUCACCAAGGCGGAGCACAACGCGGCGCUGCAGGCCAAGGCCCGAGUGGCGCUGCGCUCGCUGCUGCGCCUCGCCAAGUUCGAGGCGCAUGAGGUGCUCAAUCUCCACUUCGUGAGCGAGGAGGCCAGCCGCGAGGUGGCCAAGGCCCUGCUGCGGGAGCUCCUGCCGCCCGCCGCCGGCUUCAAGUGCAAGGUCAUCUUCCAUGAUGUUGCUGUGUUGACAGACAAGCUUUUUCCCAUCGUGGAGGCCAUGCAGAAGCACUUCAGUGCCGGCUCAGGGACCUACUACAGCGACUCCAUCUUCUUCCUCUCAGUUGCCAUGCACCAGAUCAUGCCCAAAGAGAUCCUGCAGAUCAUUCAGCUGGACCUGGACCUAAAGUAUAAGACCAACAUCCGAGAGCUGUUUGAGGAGUUCGACAACUUCCUGCCGGGUGCUGUUAUCGGCAUAGCCAGAGAGAUGCAGCCCGUGUACAGCCCGUGUCUCAUGGCUUGUUCCAGGUGCUUGUACAAACAAGAUACAGAAUUACUCUGCACACAAGGUGGGCAAGCUGCCGCUUGCCAAAAUGGAGUCACCCAACUCAAGGCCUGGGCUAAAGAGCGCUAUGCUAUACAAUAUGGAGUAACCCAGGGCAGGCACUGCUUGCUGCCGCCAGUUGCUCAGUCGCUUCAAUAAAGAUGCUUGGUCAUCCGUCUGAGGUAUGGCUGGCAGAGACUAUUAUUCUCUUGCCUUUCCUUGGGCGGUUGCUACACAUGGGCUGUCAUUUGGAGGCUUUGUAUGUGUUCUUAGUUCAGACCGGAAGGGGAAACACAGGCAGAUAACUGACAAUGGGCUAGCCAGGUUGCCUUUUGGGUAGGCACUUGUAGUAGCAGAAGGUGAUGAGAAAGAGAGAGGAUGUGGCCAUGGAAGGCUCUGUGGCCGCAAUGGGAGAGCUUUCUCACAAAUAAAACACCCCUCUUCUCCAGAAAAGAGCCUUGUCCUCUCCUGUCAUUGAGCCUGGGUUCCUGUGGCAUCCCUAGUUUCUAGAAGCCGCUAGGGUUGCACCACAUCUCUCGAACCCUCUGACUCUGUUCCCCCCCCACGUUAGAAAUAGCAUAGUCAUACUUUCCUCCCAGGUCUGUUCGAAGAGUCAAUAGUCCCCUGAUGUUUGUGAAACAAUAGUUUGUGGAAAACAGUUACGCUCCGGGCUGCCGCCACUCUGCAUAGUUUGUGGUUGGUCUGGUGAGUUUUGGGGUGUGUAGAGCAGGCUGCGUGGUGGUUCCUAAAAUAUACAUCCAUGGCCUAGUUCCAAAAACCUGGGAAUGUGACAUUAUUUGUAUAAAGGGCCUUUAAAGAUAUCAUUGAGACCAUCGAGGGUUACUUGGGAAGGCUGGAGCAUCAAUCGUUGAUCUAUUCAGACAAAAGGGAAGAAGAUGCCCCAGUGCAUCCACAAGCCAAGCAAUGCGUGCAGCCCCUGGAAGUCAGGAGAAACAAGGAAUGAUUUUCUCUCACGGCUUUAGUUUGUUUCUGAUGAGUAGCUUCCGGGGCCAUAAUGUACAUAUUUACUUCUGUAAAGCCAUUCGCUUGUCAUUUGUCAUGGCAGUCCUGACAAAGAGGCGCAAUGUCCGUCACCCGCUGUACGGGAUAGUUUAAUGUCUAGUUGACACAAGCUAGGGUCAUCAGAGAGGAGGGAGCCUCAACUGAGAAAACUCCCCCACACCCUCAGGCUGUAGGACGUUCCUUAAAUUAGCGACUGAGGGGGAGGGCCUAGCCCAUUGUGGACGGGGGCCAUCUCUGGGCUGGUGCUCCUGGGUUCUAUAGGAAAGCCACUGAGCAAGCCAUGGAGAGCAAGCCAGUAAGCAGCACUCCUCCUCGGCCUCUGCAUCACUCCUCCUCGGCCUCUGCAUCAGCUCCCGCCUCCAGGUUUCUGUUUGAGCUCCUGUCCUGACUUCCUUCAGUGAUGGACUACAAAUGUGGAA